AUGUAAACUACAAGUGUUUUAACAAAAAAGAACUUUUAACCUUUAAAAAGUGAUAAUGAAAAAUUGACUUUAUUUGGAAAAUAAGUAGAUCAAAUGCGAGAUGAUUUUUUAGAAAUGAAGAAUUCCCGUGAAGAAGCAAGAAAAUAAUUAGAAGCUAGAUUUUUAGAAGUUCAUAGGAAAAUUUAAAAUACAAAAGAAUUUAUAGCUGCAGAAGGAAAAAGAAUAAAUGAGACAUUAUUAGUUUUUUAACAUAAAUUUGAAACUGAGUUAACAAGCAUAAGGAAUUAUUUUCAAAAAUAACAUGAUGAAUAUACAGUAAUUGUAUCAAAUAAAUUUGAAAUCAUAGAAAAUGAAAGUCUAAGAAUUGACAAAAAAAUAGAUAAUGAAAGAGAAGAACGUUUGAGAUAAUCAGAUGAAAAUUUAAAAGAAAUAAAAAAAUAGUUGGAAACACUCUUUUCGUUAUUUGAUACCGAAAAAAGAGAAAGAAUCGAAAAAGAAAAAGAAAUUCUUAAAAAGUUAGAGGAUGAAUCUAAUUUAUUAAGAGAUAUGCUUGAAAAAGAAUAAUAGGAAAGAGUUUUAAAAUUAAAAGAAUUAAAAGAACAUGCAGAUUAUGAAUUCGAAUCACAAUAAAAAUUUAAUGAAGAAUUUCAUUAAAAAACUGUUGGCGAAUUUAAUAUUGUUGUUAAUAAUAUUGAAAUGGAAAUUGACAAUAGAUUCGAUCACUAAAAUUAAAUUAUUGAUAACCUUUUUAAACUUGUAAAAACUAUGUAAGAUACAUUAAGAGUUAUUGGAAAGGAUGUUUGA